GAAGUGGAAGCAAACAAACGUCUUGGAGCUCGGGGGACAAAAUUGCGCUCCAUCGUCCACUAGAACGUCGUGUUUGUCUCGUCCAAGCGAUUUCUCGAAUGGAAACAUAAAUUCGAUUCUGAUUGCAAUUCCGAAUCCCUGGUUAAUGCGCUAUGCAUCGUCUGAUUACAUUUGCGGGUUAACUUUCGUGCAGACUUACAUGAGAGUAAUUAUGGUGCAAUGGAACGGGCUGUAACUGAUUUUUUUCAUUCUACCCGAGUCAAAGUGGAGCUGAAAUGGAUUAUCUCCCAUUUGCUUCUUUUGGGGAGCUGUUAGCGCGCAUACUAAGCAUCUGUGCGCGAACCUUAGCCACACUCACUACACUUGGGUUAUUCACACCUGAAAACAUGAAUCGCGGUUAAAUUCGACAUGUGUUCACUGGCGUACCCGUUCGUGGAAAGCGAGUCGUAGUGGCGGUACCGGCCCCAGUGUAGUGAACGGAAAGUGAGGAAUGGUUGGCGCGUAGUUCCGAAGCCUAACAAAAAUAUGUUAUGUUCGAUGUUUAGGAAUUGAAACAGUUAACGUUCGGACGGCUUCCGUUCAUAAGCCCACGGAAUCGCUCGGCUCUUCACUCAGCUGUUACAGGCUGGCAAUAGCAAGUGCUUGUGCAGUGAUUGUUCGAAUGCCACGGGACGGCAUACUGAAAGGGCUUAGCCACGUAGCUGGCGAACCGGAUGUCCUUUUUCCUUUCCAUUCGCGAAGUGCUGAAAUUUGAAACCUUUAGUGUGACUGCAGUCCGUUCCGGUUGUGGGUUUUGAACCUAAUAAAAGAAACGGAUCCUUUUUUCUGAGAAUAAAUGAGUUUCAAGUUCAAUCUAUUUGGAACGUCCCAACGAAAUAAUUUGAAGUGAAUAAACGUGUAUGCGACAAACUCGAUAAGUCCGAACCGACCUCCUUUCACGAAUUCCAAAUUUGCAAUUAGUUUUGGAUAUUACUGCAGUGACCAUUAAUAUCUAGUAAACAAAUGAUGUAGGAAUGUGCUUAGUGAACCCCUUCGAUAGUAAGAGGACUUCCUACUUGGAAGUACUGUGUUACGCUAGAAGUGCUGUUUAAAAUUAUAUUCCUUUGUGGAUAUCGUGCAGUGCGAGUACGAACUAUAUUCUAUCACAAAAAAUGCUCGCCGACUAACCAUCUGCUUUGCUAUUUAACUGGAUACAUUCUUCUCUUCGAAUUUAAAUUAUUGGUUGCUUUUUUAUAGUGAAUGUGGAAAAUAUAUUAAAAAUAUUUCAAAAUGAGCGAAAAAUCGAGAACACACCAUUCCGAUUGGAAUACAUCCCAAAUCAACCGCCAAAGUGAAGUUAAAAUAUAAGUGAUCAUUAAAAGUGUCGAAAUGAAAAAAUAUAUUGAAAAGUCAUUUGUGUAUUUUGUGUAUAAUAAAAUUAUAAAUUCAAGUUCAAUACAUAACUAAAAUUCAAUCCUAUUUAUCUGGAAGAUAUACUAAGUUGGCGCCAAAUGACUUCGACAACAAUGAAUAUGGUUUUUUUCAAGGAUUUUAAGGAACUCACAUCGAAAAUCAAAGGAUAUAUAUUUCACGGUGAUUACAUAAAGCAUCCAGUCCUGUACGAGCUAAGUCACAAAUAUGGCUUCACGGACAAUUUACCGGAAAGUGCCUUGCCAAAUCGUCUUGAGGAGAUUAAAGAGGCGAUACGUCGUGAAAUACGUAAAGAACUUAAGAUCAAAGAAGGAGCCGAGAAAUUGCGGGAGGUCGCCACCGAUAGACGCUCAUUAUCCGACGUAGCCUCAAUUGUAAAGAAAAGCAAUAGUAAAUUAGCUGAAUUGAAAUCCGAAUUGCAUGAACUCGAAAGUCAAAUAUUGCUUACACAAGGGAAUACUGUCAGCAAUAAUGGACAAGAUCUUCUAUCAACGUCCUCCCUAACCCCUCAAAGCGGUCCAGAAUCGACUGGAAAUGAUAAACUUCUUCAAUCUCUUAAAAAGCAGCUCAAUAUUGAGAUGAAAGUCAAAAAUGGCGCCGAAAAUAUGAUUCAAUCAAUAUCAAGUGGGCAUCAUGGACGUGAUAAGAAACUAUUGGCGGAAGCCCAACAAAUGUUAGCCGAUUCAAAGGCAAAAAUCGAAUUUCUACGCUUAAGAAUUAUAAAAGUUAAUCAGAAUAAGGAUCAAAUGCAAAAGACGAUAACGGAUGAGAAUGGUGAAAUUCGUCCGCAACGUUUUGAAACGCCUUUAGAAGAUCGGAUUGAAGAAUUGAGACAUCGAUUGAGAAUCGAGGCAGCUGUCGUUGAUGGAGCAAAGAAUGUGAUACGAACAUUACAGAAUAAUAAAGUACCGGAUAAGAAAGCUUUGCAUGAGGCUCAGAUUCGCCUAUCGGAAUCUUCGAAAAAGCUCGACUUACUUCGUCUUUCCCUAGAAUUACGUAGACAAGAAUUACCUCCGGAUUCGCCGGCUGCUCAACAACUGAAAACCGAACUACAAAACGUUCAAGCUUCAUCACCCGUUCCAGUAACAUAUACCUCGCUACAACCCUUUCAAGGAGGCCCUGGUGGUAAACUUUAUCAUACUGUAUCAGCAUUAGGUCGAUGCGCAGCCGUUACUGGAAAGCUAGAAGUUCGUCUGAUGGGCUGCCAAGAUCUGCUCGAAGAAGUUCCCGGUCGUUCAAGACGUGACAAGGAUAACAACUCAAGCCCUGGAGAUUUAAGAAGUUUUGUUAAAGGCGUGACUAGUCGAAGCUCUUCAAAGAGCUAUAGCGUCAAAGAUGAGACAUCCUUUGAAAUAAUGGCUGUUAUUAAAUUGGAUAAUAUAACGGUUGCUCAAACAUCCUGGAAGCCAUGUUCUCAGCAGGCUUGGGAUCAGCGCUUCUCCAUUGAUCUCGACCGGUCGAGGGAAUUGGAGAUCGGUGUGUAUUGGAGAGAUUGGCGAUCACUCUGUGCCGUUAAGUUUUUAAGAUUAGAAGAAUUUAUUGAUGAUGUCCGGCAUGGGAUGGCGCUUCAACUUGAACCCCAGGGUCUACUAUUUGCUGAAAUUAAAUUCUUGAAUCCGAUGAUCUCUCAAAAACCGAAGUUGCAGCGGCAACGAAUGAUUUUCAAUAAACAACAAGUGAAAAAUAUCCCUCGAGCCAAACAAAUGAAUAUCAAUAUCGCAACUUGGGGACGCCUCCUGAAACGCAGUACGCCCUCAAUUCAAAACCAAACUCAAGCUAGAUCAUCAUCUCGUCCGCCAUCUACUGAGCUCGAAACCUAUUCGCCCGGGUCUCAACACCUACAUAUGAACUUUGAACCUUCCGGAAUGGAAGUGACGGAUCCGGCUGAAACGCCCGGUGAGACGCCGAAUCCAACGGCUUUCGGGUUAGGAGGCGCUCGUCCACUAGGUAUUCAAGGAAUCAGUGUCCUUCCGCCAGAUACGCCACCGAUUCACUUGAGCAAGCAGAACAAUAACCAAGUUCCUCAGCCAGCGAUCAGCACGCAGGAACUAAAUGCUCAACUAGCCAAUAUGCGCCAACAGCAACGUAAGGCUCCGAUGCCAUCCCCGCCACCACCACCACCGCCAAAAAUCGAUCAAGAGUUACAGAAUGCUUUGCGUGAGUUCGAUUUCCUUAAUCAAAUGGAUUCGCAGCAAACGCACCUUCAGCCCCAUCCGCUGAUCUUGAUCCCGCAACCACAGCACAUAUCACAGCAUGACGAGCAACCGACCAUGUACGAAGCUCAACCACCAACUGUUACCCCAAAUGUGGUGAGUGGUAACGCGAACGAGAACAUUUACCAUCGACCGUUGCUAUCAAUGCCACCUGUUGUUCUCAUGGGUGGAACGGGAUCAGUACCGCCCAGUCCGAUUAUUGAAAUGCCCCCAUCACCGGCACCGAGUCAUAUACAGAUUGUAAUGUAUCCUGACGACGAUGAAAGUUCCUGCGAUGAGCUAUCCUCACAAUUCGUUAACAUGGCUAUCAAUAACAAUCAAUCCCAAUAUGUGCCACAAUCACCGAUUAUCCAGGAACCACCUACACCUCAAUAUCAGCAACAGCAGCAGCAGUUCCCAGUGCCGCCUCAGCGUCAGUAUCAACAGCAACCACAAUAUCAACAAUUCCAGCAACCGCCACCACCACAGCAACCAGCCUUCCCUCAGCCACCUCAGCAAUAUCAGCAACCACAUCAACAACCAAUCUAUCAAAAUCAAUACGACGUCGGCGGUGUUGCAGUUAUUCCACCUCCACCUGCUCAGGUACCGCCACCUGCAGCUGGGGGCAAUCGACGACAAGUUGCUCGUGGUUUGCAAUAUCGAGACUCUGCUUACGAAUCUAGAAGACAAUCACAGUCCACAGGACUUUUAUCCUUGGACAGUUUCCGGAUGCUUGCUGUCUUGGGCCGUGGUCACUUCGGCAAAGUGAUCCUUUCGCAACAUAAACACACUAACGAAUAUUAUGCGAUCAAAGCUUUGAAAAAGGGUGAUAUUAUAUCGCGUGAUGAAGUUGAGUCUUUGUUAAGCGAAAAACGUAUUUUCGAGGUGGCGAACGCUAUGCGCCAUCCAUUCUUAGUCAAUUUGUUUGCGUGUUUCCAAACGGAGCAACAUGUUUGUUUUGUAAUGGAGUAUGCAGCUGGUGGUGAUCUUAUGAUGCACAUUCAUACGGAUGUCUUUUCGGAGCCUAGAGCCGUCUUUUAUGCUGCCUGUGUAGUAUUAGGUCUACAGUAUUUGCAUGAGAAUAAAAUUAUUUACAGAGAUUUGAAAUUAGAUAAUCUAUUGUUAGAUACUGAAGGGUACGUGAAAAUAGCUGAUUUUGGAUUAUGUAAAGAAGGAAUGGGAUUCGGUGAUCGAACUGGAACAUUUUGUGGAACGCCUGAAUUCUUAGCACCAGAAGUAUUAACAGAAACUUCGUAUACACGUGCAGUUGAUUGGUGGGGUCUUGGUGUAUUAAUUUUUGAAAUGUUAGUCGGAGAGUCACCUUUCCCUGGCGAUGACGAAGAGGAAGUAUUCGAUUCAAUUGUUAACGAUGAAGUUAGAUAUCCAAGAUUCUUAUCCUUAGAAGCUAUUGCAAUUAUGCGUAGGCUUCUAAGAAAGAAUCCUGAAAGACGAUUAGGUUCAUCGGAACGAGAUGCAGAGGAUGUUAAGAAACAAGCCUUCUUUAGAUCAAUACAAUGGGAUGAGCUUCUGUUGAGAAACGUGAAACCUCCAUUUGUGCCGACAAUUCGCCAUCUCGAAGAUGUAUCCAAUUUUGACGAAGAGUUUACAUCCGAAAAGCCACAGCUGACACCUCCCAAGGAGCCUCGAGUACUAACUGAUGAAGAGCAAAAUUACUUCACCGAUUUCACAUACAUCGCCGACUGGUGUUGAUGAUUAUUUCAUAGGAAUUAAAUUAGAUUUUUAUUUCACGUAUUUACGAUUACUACGAUUAUUUACAUUUGCAUUAUUUUUAUGAAACGAUUAAUAUGAUCACGAAUAACAAAGCAAUUUUUUUAUUCUUUCUUUUGUAAUUUUAAAUGAUUUAUUUUUUACAUCGCCUGCAUAUGCAUCUAUAAAGUUAAUAUGUUUCUAUGAAUUAUAUAUUUCGUGUUUGUUACAUUAUCUCUUUAACUAUUUAUACUUUAUGAUGAAAAACAAUGUAAAAUGCAUAGUCUACUGAAAAUAACUAUAUAGAAAUUUUAAAAAUAUUUUUUAAUUUAAAUCAAUUUCCUUUGUUUUGACUUGGCAUCUUCUGUUGAUUAUUUAAAGUAAUUAUUGAUAGAAUUCUUGUUUCCGCACUAAUUUCAAAUACUUUACUUUUUAUUAUAAUAUCGAUAAUGUUUGGUUCUUAUUCUCCAAAAUAAUAAAGCAAUUUUCUUUAUAAUUGUAUACACAUCUAUCGCGUAAGGAAAAAAUUGUUAAUAUUUUUACAAAUACAAAAGAAAAACUAGGAAUAAUAGAUAGAAACGGAAAACAACAUUAUAUGAACAUGAUUUUAAUGAUACCGUCUUCGUACUUUUUACUUUGAAAGUUUUUAGAUUUUAAUGAAAACGAAAAUAAAAACAAUGUAAUAAAUAAAA